UACAGAGACAGUUCGGUAUCUAGAUAAGUUUGUAAAAAUUGUGCCAAAUUUCUGCAUGAAAAUUGAUAUUCAUUAACCGUUAUCUCCCCUUGAGGAACUACAGUGUUUCAAUAAAGGAAAAUUUCAAAGGAAUUUAUUGGCGUAUAGCUGUUAAGUUGCACACAAUUAUUGCACAUCGCAAUGGAAUCAAAUGAUUUCAAAGAAAUGUUAUUGGGGAAAUGUGUACCAUUAAACCUCGUCACUAUGAAUAAUGAUUGCAAAAAGCUAAUAUUCGACUAUUUGGAGCUAAGGGAUCUGUUGAGUAUUGCAGAGACGAGUAAGCAAUUAAUUACGGCCGCCUCUGCUGUUUUCAAACGAAAAUAUGGCAAUAAAAUAAUUAGAUAUGGACGAGAGGGUGAUCUGCCAAGAAUUUUUCCAGAAGUGAAUCCGAUGUGUCCCCCAUUUUAUUUUUCUGAUACAAAUAAGGUCCUCCCCCUUACAUCUCAACUGAUACUUCUAAAAGUAUUACGGAAUUUUGGACACAAAAUAGCGAAUAUUGAAUUACAUUACAGUGGAAGAGGAGGAGAUCAUGAGCCCAAUAUUGAAGUUUACUUGGCUGAAUAUUGUUCGAAAUCAUUGAAAAAAUUGUUCGUAUGCGAUAGAAAUUUUGUUUUCGAAAAUAUUGAAAAACCGUUAACAAAUGUUAAAUCCAUUGUGGUUAGAAGCUGCAUAAUCCGGUCAAAACUAUUUAAAAAAUGCUUUCCAAAUUUAGAGUCUUUAUGUUUAGAAUUCAAUGAAUAUGAGAAUUGGUCAGUAUUAGAACAUUUGCCAAAUUUAAAGCAAUUAUCACUUCGUACAUAUCAUAAAAAGUCACUUCAAAAAGAUACAUUUAUGGAAUUGAUCAAACUAAAUCCACAAUUAGAAGAACUAAAAUUGUUUUUAGACGAAAAUUGUGCACUAAGUUAUAUUCAGGGCGUAACAGAAUAUUUGCCAGCUAUUAAAACGUUCUCUAUUUCCAAUAUGUGUAAAGAUCUGUCACCACUCGUUGUAUACAAUCAUGAACCAUUUCAUUUCAAUAACGUUGUGGAUUUUCGAUUGGAAUUGCGGGGAACAUUCAAUUUUAAUUUAUUUACGUUUAGUAAAUUGCAACGCAUUUCUCUGUCAUGUGAUGUGAAUUUUGACGAUAUCAACGCAUAUCAGCCUCUUUUGAAUCUCAUACAUAGAAACAAUAAGUUGACAUCCAUCGAAUUGUACGGCCAUAUGAUUGGCAAACUCGACGCAUUAUUUGAAUCGGAAUAUAUAUUAUCAAACAUUGAAGAGCUGAGCAUUUUGCAUUAUAAAUUUAUUUAUCCAAAAAUAAUAAGAUACGAUCCGCGUCACACCUUAAUGUGUAGUGUUCUUCGUUUUCUGGAACGUUGUCAAUCAAUCAAGAAACUUGUAAUAAAAGGAGAAGGUUGUCUGGAUUAUAUGGGAUUUCCAAUUUUCUGUGAUGUAAUUGCAUCGCAUACCACUGCACACAAAAUAAUGGCUGAAGGCCAAACACAUUUGAACUGCAAGAAAUGCAAUUGGAAACUACCUUACAAAUCUGUGGAGUUUUCAAUUAAAAAACCAUCUGACUCUACUUUGACGCGAUAUGUUUGCACAUUCAAAAAUGAAAUAAAUAUGAUUGUAUCACUUGCGUUGAACAAACUUCUUUUCAUUGUGAUUGAAUGUUCAAAAAUUGAAGAAUAAUUCAAAUGAAUUAUAUGUAAAUGUUCGUCGAAAAGACAAAUUAAAUAUGUAGUUUAUAAGUACUUAAUUUGUAUUCAAUGUAAACCCAGCUUUGUUUUAGAAUGUUAGCGACUCGCACAUGCGCCACCUUCUAUCAAUAAUACAAACCAUGGGCGCGCGACAUGAAUUGUCACUUGAUGUAUCUGUGUUCUGUUUGGUUCAACAUCUCAGUGGAAAUGGACGAAUACCAAGGAAUUAUCGAAGCAAACCGUAAAUAUCGUGAUCGCGGACUGAUAUUCGGCGGUUCUUGUGGUGGCAUCAAUUUCGCAUCAAUUUACAAAUUCUCCCAGCGUUUUCUACUUGGAAGAAGGAGUCGUUGUACAAAGAGAAUUGGAUGAAAUUGAUGGAUUAUUCCACCCAUUCAAACUCCCGUACAAGACAUGGAAGUUUGACACAGUAAUAAACAUCCAAUCGCAGAAUGUUCUAUUGAUGUGUGAAAAUCUGGAUGGCACGGCACCAGUUGAGGUGAACUGGAACGGUCACUAUGCAUCAAAAAAUAUCUACAAUUGGAUCGAAGACCGCAAAUUCAAACCAUCUGAAUCCGUUACUGUGCCGCUUGUGAAGAAUUUGAAUUCGAUGAAAGCUGAGGAGAAGUUGCAAGAAGAAAUUCUGGAACUAUGCGGGCCAAAAACACCAAAAUAUCCAGCAGUCAUCGUGGAAAAAAUGGGAAUGUUCGUAUGGGGUCACAAUUUGAAUGAAACAAUGAUAGCUUGCGAAGCUCUUGACAUGCUGGUAGGACUCCAAUUGGCCAUACGUUCGUGGAAAACAGUAAAUCUUUUUCAUCGUACGUAAUUCAAUGCAUGAUCAAAACAUACUCUCAAUCGGCUAAUUCCAUUUGUAAAUAAUUCAUGAUCGAUAUGUGCUGUGACAUUUAAACAAAAUGAAUGUAGCAUAAGAAAAAAAUUCGAGAAUUACAAUAAUUAAACAUAAAAUACCUCUUACAAUUCGCUAGUUUAGUUUAGUGGCUUAUACAAUUAUGUCGAUUUUGUUCACAAUUUACUUAAAUAAACACGUGAUCGAUUUGAUUACAAAUCGCCAUUGAUGUCAAUAAA